UAUCCCGCGUUUAUUCGUGCUAACUAGAGCGCUCCCAGCGCGUGGGUGAUUUCCGAGCUACCCGGUAGACGAGACUCGAGGAUCGCGAUCCAGUAGGAAUCGCGGCCCGGAAGUCCCUUCUGCGUCCACGAGUCUAAGGUCAAGGUGAGAAACCAUCGUCGAUUCCGCAUUGACUUAAUUAGCAUCGUCGGGACGCUUUUAUCGCAGAACUUAAUUCUCCAGAACGCGCUGAAGUGGAUGCAAAACAUUGGCGAUCUGGCAAGGCUAUAGCAGAAAUCGUUCGCAACAAAAGCUAUCGAGAAUUUUAAUACGAUACGAUUGUCAAUGCUGUAACCGUGUAAGGCUACCGGAGGCUAUCGGAGGCUAUGAGUAAAGAUUGUGGAAUAUGUGGGAUUUAUCCCAGAUGGUUGCGAAAUCGUGCCACCCCGAAGAAUUUCAUCGCGGUGUACGGUUUACUGGGCACCGUCCAGGCGAUGGCCUUUAUCUACAUCGUCGUCACCCUGACAACUCUGGAGAAGAGAUUCAAGAUACCUAGCCGUACGACUGGGUUGAUCCUUUCGGGCAACGAGAUCUCUCAGAUCUUGUCCUUGAUCUUGACCUACUACGGAGGAUCCAGUCAUCGGCCAAGAUGGAUCGCGGUUGGGGUCGGCUUGAGCGCAUUGUCCUGUCUCAUUUUGGCACUGCCGCACUUCAUAUACGGUCCUGGAAAGGACGCCUUGGCAUUGACGAAGGAAUAUCUGGAUCAGACCUUGUUGAAUAUGACAACCGUCCCGGAGAACUUCGCGAUUUGUCCGCGUACGAACCAGCCAGAACUUUGCGAUGCCGAAACUAAGUUGAGCGUUAGUUACCUCCCUCUACUGUUGAUUUUUAUAUCUCAAUUUGUUCUUGGUAUCGGAACUACUCUUUAUUACGGUUUGGGACAGACGUAUUUAGACGACAAUACGAAGAAGAAAAAUACGCCUAUGCUCUUAGGUUUUACGUUCGCUUUACGUACCGUGGGUCCAGCGAUUGGAUUUCUAUUGGGCUACGCCUGUCUGAGUUUAUACAUAGACCCAAAACUUCAUCCCGUUAUUACGACGAAAGAUCCGCGAUGGUUAGGCGCAUGGUGGCUCGGAUGGAUCAUUCUUGGCGUUACGAUGGCUAUGUUUGCCGUUUUGAUCGCUAUGUUUCCACGUGAUCUUCCUACAUCAAAAGAUAUUUCUAAACCGGAUGGCGAAAUACCUUUGAAGUUAGAUUUAGUGCUGCAGCAGAAGCCUCCGUUACAGAUGGAACCUACCAACCCAGUACCCGUGGAAACUGAGUACAUACCGACAAUCCGUGAAUUUCCAAAAGCCAUGAAACGGUUGUUAACGAACUGGCUGUUGACCUGCAACAAUUUAAGCGCCGUAUUUUACAUUCUUGGCGCUUCUGCCUAUAUCACGUUCUUGGCGAAGUAUCUCGAAAUCCAAUACAGUACAUCCGCGGCUGGCGGUACCGUGAUAACAGGUCCUAUAUCGCUAGUUGGUAUAGUAUUAGGAUUCCUGUUAUCGGGAUUAGUAAUUAGCAAAUUUAAGCCUAGUCCCAGACCGCUCCUCGCGUGGAACGUACUCGUCGGUAUUAUCUUCGUCGUGGGACAAAUUUUAUACAUAUUUCUUGGCUGCACGAACUCCGGAAUCCGUGGUAUAAACUUGAAGACUAUGGAAAUGAAUUUGACAGCUGAUUGCAACGCCGAUUGCAAUUGUGCGGGCGUCAAAUAUUCCCCGGUCUGCCACGAGGCGUCAAUGACAACUUUCUUCUCCGCCUGUCACGCGGGAUGUCGAACGAUCCUGGACGACAAACAGUUCGGGAACUGCAGUUGUCUAACGUUGAACGAGCCAAGCCGUAUCGGAGACCACUUUGAUUACUUCAGCUCCAGUAGGGCUUUCAUUUCGGAACAGCAGAUGCGUCCGCCUGACUCGCAGGCACUGCCGCCGAUCUCCGAUACGGUCAAAGCCGGUCCGUGCGCCAGCGACUGCAAACGGCCGUAUUUGCUCUUCGUAUUGCUCAACUGCGUGAUCAAUACGCUGGGCUGUUCCGGGAAAAUCGGUAACGUUCUGGUGAACUACAGGAGCGUCGAGAAGAGGGACAAGAGUCUCUCCCAGGGCGUCACGCUCAUGAUCGUCUCGCUGCUGGCUCUAAUUCCGGGGCCGAUUAUUUUUGGGGCUAUCAUCGACUCGACUUGCCUGAUAUGGGAGGAAUCCUGUGGGACUAGAGGAAACUGCUGGUUCUAUCACAGGGAUAAUUUCCGAUUCUUGGUGAACAUCUCGGCGGCCGGAUUUACCGUGAUAGGGGUAUUAUUCGAUGCUAUAGUUUGUUAUCUCGGCAAAGAUUUGGAUCUAUAUGGCGCCGCGGAGACUGACAAGAGGCGCGAGUUCGUGAGGGAAGAUGGCGCCGCGAUUGAUAAUGCAGACAAGAAGAAUGAAGUUAAUGGGAAUUUAAAUCAGAGGACAGAGCACAGUCGUCUAUAACGCUGCCUGUCCGAUAAAUGGACAAAUCCGAUAAGAUUUGUGGAAUUGCUCUAGGUACCUGAAAAUUUCCGGAUCUUUCGUGACUGACGCCGAACAUUCCGAUAGUACAAUGAUUCUAUAAUAUUAGCGACAUGAGCUAAUCAUGUAAAUAAUGUUAAUAUAAAUGCACCCUUUGUUUGUUAAACUCUCAAGCUUCUAAACGCUCGGAAUCGAAAGCUGGGAGCUAUAAUCGUUGUUACACAAUUUCAUUUGUUAUACCUUUAUUUCCGAAUCAUACUCAUUCUUAUUUCUUUGUAAAUAAAUUACGCUUAUUUUUUGUUAACACGUUA